CUUCCUUCCUUCCUCUACUUUUGUCUCUUCCCCCCAACCCCCCUCCAAAACUCUUGAUUCACCCUCUCCAGAAAAAGCUAACUAUUCUGAUUUCAUUUUUCAAGAAGCAAACCUCCCCCCACCCCGGGCAAAAUAAUAAUAAUACCCCAAACCCCUCACCACCUCAAUUCCCCGGCGCGCCCCCUCCCAGCCAAGCCAACCUCCCAAAGAACUUCAACUUGGAGACUGCCUGAAUGGUGACGGGAGAGAACAGUGUAACCUUCUCGCGCCAUGGACUGUAACUGCGUCUCGGACCUGCUGCUCACCUCGCCGGUUCCUGCUCUCUGGACUCCAGGGUUCGCCUUCCCAGACUGGGCCUACAAGCCAGAGUCGAGCCCCGGGUCCCGCCAGAUCCAGCUGUGGCAUUUCAUCCUGGAGCUUCUGCAAAAAGAGGAAUACCAGAACGUCAUCGCCUGGCAAGGGGACUACGGCGAGUUUGUCAUCAAGGACCCGGACGAGGUGGCCAGGCUGUGGGGAAUCCGUAAAUGCAAGCCCCAUAUGAACUACGACAAGCUGAGCAGGGCCUUGAGGUACUAUUACAACAAACGGAUCUUGCACAAGACCAAGGGCAAACGCUUCACCUACAAGUUCAACUUCAGCAAAGUGGUCCUGGUGAAUUACCCUCUCCUGGACAUGGCUGCCAACUCCCCGUUUCUGCUGGCUCAGAACCCUUUCAAUGGGAGCAACCAUGGGGCAGAUUGUGCCCCUCUGACCCCUGAGACCCUGCAAAGCCUCUUCUCAAGCCCCCGUUUGGGGGACCCGGCAACCCGCACCCCACUCUUUGAACGCCAAACUGAGACAGAGAAGCUCAGACUGGAUGCAACCUUCCCUUUUCUGGGGUCAGGUGUUGCUGGAUAUACAAAGCCCCCCAGUUUGCUGACUCCGUAUGGCAGGAACGCUUCCUUCCCAGAUUACCCCUGGAAUUUUAACCCUUACCUGUCCAGCUCUUUCCCCCUGAACAGCUCCAAACUGCCCGCCUCCCUGUACUCCCCCCACUUCUACCCCAACCCCCUGUCUGGGUCAUUAGCCCAGCUUCCAGCACCCAUUUCACUACUGCCGGGAGAUAGCACAGAGCGGGCUGCAGCCCUGGGGGGCGGCUCCGUCCCUCGCCUCUGUCUCCCUCCCCAUGGCAUGACCCUGCCCCUCCGCGGCGCUGGGAAUGCGGCCAGCGAGCGUGAGAAGGAGCUGCUGGGUCCCAGGGCCCAGAGCCCUUCAGGGGGGCGAGGGACCAAAGAGGACCCUGGCUCCGAUUCCGAGUUGGAGAUCACAGAUCUAAGCGAAUGCAGCUCGGAGAACGAAGGCUGCGAUUUCAGCCCCGACAGCUUGGAGGCGAUAGAGAGCCAGGUGCAGAAUUACAAGCGGCUGCAGACAGAGCGGACGGCAGGGGCAACGGCCAGCAAGCCGGAAGGGGUGGCAGAGGCCAGCCUGGGCACUGCCAAGGAAGCGAAGAGUCUGCCAGGCAGCUGAACGCAGGCAUUAUUCGGAGCCCCCAACUGCUGGUCCCUCUCCAUCAGUAGCCCGAUUCUUAAGAGAGUUUAAAGCAAAGGAAAGAAAACAAAACCUGCCCCAUUUGUUUGAUGUCUCUAUUUUUAUAGGAAAAUUUUAUUCAUUGAUUAUACUGAGUCUAAUUCCCCAAAGCACCCUCACUUUCUCCUCCCCGUUCCCUUCACCCUGGGCUGGAAUACUCAUCCCUUCCCCCUCUCAACUUCAUCAAUGGAGGGCCUUGUCUUCACAUUCCUGGGGAGGCCCAGAUUGGGGCAAAAAGGCUUUCUGGAAGAAAGGGACGAGGGCUCAGGACAGGCAGCAGUGUGGCAGAGAUUUGGGGGGGGGCCCUGUGAGACUCCAGAUCUUACUGGACUCCCAGCUCACAGCAACCCAUAUGACCGAUGGUCAGGGAUGAUGGGAUUUGCAGUCCAGCAACACUUAAGACUUGAGAGCUGAAAGGGUCCUCUUCAUCACCUCUUCCAAUACCACGGGAAGAUACCUCCAUGCACUUUUGAUCACGAUCUGCCUCAGCUCUCCCUCCCUAGACAAGUCCCAUUAAACUUCCUGGACCGGCCAGCUCCACACCAUCUCUGAAAAUUUCCACAGGCUGCGUUAAUCCCUUUCAGUGCACCUGCCACCCCAUGAAAUUCUUUUGGCCUAUUUAACAGCCAGGCUUCUAGAGACAACCAGCUUGCUGCUGUGGCUGGCACAAUCUAUUUUGGUGCUUCAGCAAAGAACACCCAAAUGCCCCUCCCCCAUGCCGGGAAGUUCUCCUGCACAAGCCUUGUUGAUAUGAAGUGCAGGAUCUUUUCUCACCUGACGUAAGUUUCUUGGGUCAGAUUUCUGCCUGCUUCUCAUCAUUACCGAUGCCUUUAAAGCCACCUUGGGUCGUCACAAUCUGGGGCUUGCCCGAGUGUGCUGUGAAGGUGUCUUCAAAAAGGUCCAGCCAGAACACAAGAGUGGUUGUGUGAAUCAUCCCUUUUUAAGUCCAAGCAGUCCAAAUACCACCAUUCCUGUGUUGCUGCUCUACACCCGAUAGUUUUAAGGUGCACACGUAGGUCGUUGCAAACUGGGAUGCAGCAAAACGUGU